AUGCCUUCGAGAGCCAUGGCGUCGCUGCGUCGGCCAGCGACGCAAGUUGCUGUCGCUGCCACGCAGAGGAGUAGCUCAAUGGCCGUUCGCAUGCCCUGGGCCGGUACCACACGUGGUUACGCCCAAAUUUCGCGCGACAAGAUCAACCGAGCCAUGAGCCAUCAGCAGAAGAUGGGCGAGCGCAGCGCGACCAGGGAGCAGACCAUGUCGCAGAUGCAAAAGUCCGCGGCCAUGGAUGUUUUCAAGGACGGCGGCGGGCCAUUGUUUCCCGGCACGUUUGUCCCGGUCCCAUUCUCCCAACGACCCAAGAACCCCCUCGACCUCCUCCGGUACCAGUGGUGGCGCGCCAAGAGCUACACGCAGUGCAUCCUCUCGGUGCUCACGAUCAAGCUCGGCUCGAUGCCCAGCUGGACGAAGCGGCCGCUGUGGAAGGCGCACCGCGCCAAGAUUGCGCCGACGGCGCGCGCCAUGUACCGCGAGAUGCUCGAGGCCUUUGCGGCAGGCGACAAGGCGACGAUUGCGCGGCUGUGCAUGCCGCGCUUCGCCAAGCAGCUGCACGCGGCGAUUGACCGGCGCAGCGCCGCCGAGACGGUGCGCUUCGAGUACGUCAAGAACACGCGCACGCUCGUGUACCCGCGCAUCGCCAGCCACCUGAUCCACCCCAUCAACCCGUACGACAAGACGGUGCUCACAGAGCAGGCCGUUGUCGCGCUGUCGUCGCAGCAGCAGCUGUCGCGGCACCGCAAGGCCGACGGCGAGGUGGUCCCCGGCAGCCUCCGUGUGCAGGACAAGAUCGAGUACGUGGUGCUCGCGCGCGCGACCGACACCAAGACGUACCCGAGCACGCAGUGGCGCAUAUGGGGCACCACCGGCGGCACCACGGCGGAAAAGUACAAGCAGGAGCAGGCCGUCAUCCUGAAGGAGACGGCGCACCGCGCGGGCUGGAAGGACAAGGUCUAG